UCAGUUCUCUCUUCCUGUCCCCUCUGGGAGUCGCUCUGCUUUUACCUGUGUGGAAUGGGGUGGGUGCUUGCGAUUGGCUGCCUGGCCGCCGCGGCGGUGGCCGUGAUUGGCUCGGAGCGGAGGCAUCACCAGGUGCAGCACGGGCCGUGCAGCUACACCUUUCUCUUGCCGGAGGUGGAGCACUGCCGCCCCGCGGGGGCCUUCCAGGUGACCAACUCCCUCCAGCGUGACUCGCCCUCACCCCCGGACGCGCCCCCCGCCAAGCCGCCUGCCGAGCCCUCCUGGCAGGAGAGGAAGCUGGAGACGCUGGAAAGCAUGACGGAGAAUAACACACAGUGGCUGCAGAAGCUGGAGAGCUACAUCCAGGAGAACGUACGGUCCGAGAUGGAGGAGAUGCAGCGCCACGCUGUCCACUCGCAGACCGCCGCCAUGCUGGAAAUGGGGACCAACCUCCUCAGCCAAUCGGCGGAGCAGACCCGCAAACUGACAGACGUGGAGACUCAGGUGCUGAACCAAACCAGCAGGCUGGAGAUCCAGCUGCGGGAGUACUCCCUCUCCGCACACACGCUGGAGAAGAAGAUCCUGCAGCAGACCCAGGAGAUCUCGCGCCUCAACGACAAAAACGGCUUUCUGGAGCAGCGGCUUGCGGCCAUGGAGGGCAGGCAUGCUCAGGAGCUGCAGGCUCUGCAGCAGGACAAGGUGCAGCUGCAGGAGCUGCUGGACCGGCAGAGCCGCCUGGUCACCCAGCUGGAGGGAGAGCUGGGCAGCUCCACCCGCAACAGCAGCCUCCUGCAGAGGCAGCAGGCCACCCUCAUGGAAAGCAUGCAGCAGAUCAUGGCUAUGGUCACCCACUGUAACGGUCACCAGUCCCUCUGCUUCUUUCCUGUAGAGAUCUCUAAUGUGCCCAAAGAGGACGCAGCGAGUUAUCGGGACUGUGCAGAAAUCUACAAAUCAGGGAUCACAGAGAGCGGAGUGUAUACCUUACACCUCCCUAAUUCGACACAACCAGUCAAGGUGUUCUGUGACAUGAAGACCCAGGGUGGGGGGUGGACCCUGCUGCAACACCGCCGGGAUGGCUCAGUGGACUUCCACCGCGGCUGGAAGGACUACAAAAAGGGUUUUGGAGAUCCUUCUGGGGAGCACUGGUUGGGCAAUGAUAACAUCCACCUUCUCACCACGGCCCAGGAGUACACACUUCUGGUGCUGCUCAGAGAUGCACAAGGAAAUGAGGCCCACUCCCAUUAUGAUCACUUCUACAUUGACGGAGAGGAAAAGAACUACAGCCUGCACUCUCGAGGGUUCGGUGGCACUGCGGGUCGAACCAGCAGCCUGACCCACUCUGGCACCGCGUUCAGUACCAAGGACCGGGACAACGACGGCUGCACCUGCAAGUGUGCCCAGAUGGCAUCAGGAGGCUGGUGGUUCGAGGCCUGUGGGCCUUCCAAUCUCAACGGCAUCUACUAUGGCGGCAGCACCAACGUGAUCCGCUACAACGGCAUCAAGUGGUAUUACUGGAAGGGGCCCAGCAUGGUCGCUACCAUGGCAACGAUGAUGGUGCGGCCUGUGGACUUCUGAGAGUACCAUGGCGAUGGCACAGCUGGGAGAAGGUAAUGAUGUCGCCCACAGACUAAUGGUGCUGGUGGAGGACCAGCGAGGCCCAAUCAAGCCCUCAUCUUGCCUUGUGGUUCAGUUGUCUGAGCUCUGAGCUCAGCUGAGGGCCUGUUUUUUAUCCAAAGGAGAUAUUCUGGAGAAUUGC